GUGCAGGUGCCUUUGUUUUGCGGUGUGGUGGUGGUAUAGUCGUCGUGCUACUGCCAUUAUCUAUGAAUUAUUAUAGAGAGUAUAAAAAAUCAAUGUUUUGAAUUUGAUUAAAUUUGCAUCUAAGUAAACAGCAAGUAUAAUAUAUUAGGACCAUGUUUUUAACUAAUAUUCUGCUCAAGAAGGCGAAAAGCAAAAACAUAAUGGUAAUGAUGGAAAGCAUAGUGACAGGACAUAAGUUCAACACAGUCCGAGAACGGCUAGCUGACAAAUUGGAACUGAUUCGAUUUGAUCCCUUUAUUCAACGUGAGAGUAUUUACAAGGAGAAAAAGAAAAUACGGAGUAUCAAGUAACACCACAUGUUCAGUCGUGUAAAUUAAAUUAUUAGUUUAGAUUAGAAAUAAAACAAUUAAAUUAAAUUUCAAAUAAUAUAAUUUUAGUAACUUUAAAAUAAUAAACAAAUCUUUGGAUACAAUGUGUUUUAAUUACUAGCAAAUAAUUUUAAGUACUGUGUUUCCAGUAACAUCUCAUACAGAUUAUUAUCCCAUAUAAUAUAAUAAAUUUAGAAUACAUGCUUUACUUUUCCAUCUUAUUAUUCUAAAACAACUGUGCAAUUGGUGUUCAUUCGGUUAAACAGAAAUCUCACUAUCACAACUGACAAGUGACAGUCUUAAAAGUAUUGCCAAUCUUUUAGCAAGUUUCCUGAAAAAAGGAAAUGUACUUUUUUGACAGUUCAGUUUCACUUUAAGAUUUAUGUUUAAUCGAAUUGUAUGAAAGAUAAAAUACACUCAAAUGUGCUCUUAUAUGUUAUCUUAAAGUGCUAAUAAGGUACUUUAAAAGAAGUCAGUGCACAACUUCAUAUUAUAUGUGCACAAAAAAUUUGAUACCUCUAUACAAAAUGUACUCUAUAACAUAUAAAAUGUUGUGUUUAUGAUUACUU